ACACAAAUUACAAUGAGCUAGAUCUAGUCUAGAGAAAAAAUAAUGGCUUCCUCCUCGUUUGCUUUAUUCAUCUCUAUGUUGCUGCUUGGUGGCGUCACUUGUUAUGGCCUAGAAGUUGGAAGAAAAAUGCUGGUUGAAAACUUCACUAUUCCAUCAACUCCAACAAAGAAGGUUGGAACUCGCUUUUUCACGAGUGUUAUUCCAUUAACUCCAACCAGUACAGAUGGAACUCGCGAUUUCAUGAGUGUUAUUCCAUCAACUCCAACCAGGAGAAAUGAUGAGGGACAAGAAAGGGUAAGGAGGGAAAUAGAUAUGAAUGAACCAGCAAGGAUGAUAGAUUGUGACGAUGUUGAAGAAGAAGAAGAAGAAGAUAAUCAAGUGAUAAUGGUUUCAUCACCUAGCAUCACUGUUUCAAAGAGGGGAACUCGCAAUUUUAUGAGUAGUAUUCCAUCAAUUCCAACCAGUACUGUUCCAUCAAUUCCAACUAGAAUUAUUCAUCAUGGAAGUCGGAAGAUUCUUACUAACCGUCGUCUAAUUGAGGCCAAAGGUAGCACGUCUCCAACUGCGCCCGGCAAUUAAUCUCUCUCUUUUUUUUUUUUUUUUUAAUUACAUAGUGGGUAGGGGGAAAAAUGAGGAAGGGGAUUACAAUAUGGGACGAGGCUCCCCAUAGAUUCCUCCAGUUCCUCCAGUGAUAUGCUGGAUUUGUGACAUGUGUCCUACUAAAGAAUUAAUGAAUCAGAUCUGCCUUGCUAAAGUA